AUGACUUUGCUGGUCGUAGACGAAGUAGACGCGGUCUGCCCGCGACGUGACGCAGCGUCGGUUGCGCAGCUCGAGACGAUCAACUCCUUUCUCAGCGUUCUCGACGGACCUAUGGCGCACGCGUCCGUACUUCUGCUUGCGACUACGAAUCGUGUCGACGCGAUAGACGACGCGAUGCGGCGGCCCGGCCGGUUCGACACCGAACUGGAACUCGAGGUGCCAAACCUCGAAACGCGCCCGUCAGGCUUGCGCAGCACGAUCGUCGAGAUUCCGAAGAAACGAUGGAGCGACAUCGCCGGCUACGCGGAGACCAAGUUGCAGAUCCAGCAGGCAGUCGAGUGGCCGCUGAAGUACAAAGCGCUGUUCGCGAAAUACAAGCUGAACUGCCGCCGCGGAAUUCUGCUCUACGGGCCGCCGGGCAACAGCAAGACCUCGAUGGCGAAGGCGGUAGCCGGCGAGAGCUAUAUGAACUUUCUGGGCGUGAACAGCUCGGAGGUGUUCUCUAUGUGGGUCGGCGAGUCGGAACGCAAGAUCCGCUCUUUGUUCGCCAAAGCGCGCACUUUUGCGCCGAGCAUCAUCUUCUUCGACGAGAUUGACGCGAUAGGUGGCUCGCGCGGGAGCAAUAGCGCGAAGUGCUCUUCCGGCGUUGAGCUGCGGGUGCUGAGCCAGUUGCUCAGCGAAAUGGACGGCAUUGACUCUUCGGAGAGCGUGGUUGUCAUGGCUGCGACGAAUCGGCCGAGCGACUUGGACGCGGCACUACUGCGGCCGGGCAGGUUCGACGCGCUCAUUUACGUCGGCCUGCCCGACCGCGCCGAGCGUGCGGCACUUUGUAAAGCGUCGCGGGAUCUACAAGUUUUGGCACCUUUUGCUGGUUGCGAAUGUACGGCUGCACGAUCCGGUUGUACUUGUUCACCAGCUCGACGUGGUUUGCGAGGUUAA